UUCUUGCUUUUUCACCAGGCUAUUGAGUCUCCUUUUGAGGGUGAUCUGAGUGUAGCCAACAACUUUUUCGUGUCUAACCCUGGAAUGGAGUCCAUCACCUUCAUCCUGCAUGGAGCCACCAGCCUGCCCCCCCUGAGUGAUGGGGGGGUUCCUCAGCCAUUUGCCAUUUUGAAGAGAGCAGUGGAUGAGGACCAUGGGCGGAGGAGUCAGGGUGUGACCCGCCGCACCCUCCAGCCCACACACUGCCCCUCGUGGGAGGAGAAGCUCAGCCUGGAGCUCCCGGAGAAGCAGGCCCACGGGGAGGUGGUGGUCCUUAAUGUGGCUGACAGUCGAACCAAGGAGAUUCUGGCUCACUACCGCCUCCCUGUAGGCCAUCUCCAGCCGUUCCACCACUACCACCUGGAGCUAGUGCAGACUCACAAGUCUGUUCCACAUGGAAUAAACCUCUAUGUUACUGUGGUCCGUAAGCUCAACACGCUGCCUCGACAACCUCACUUCUCCUUCACCGGAUUUGAGGUGCUUCUGCAAGCAAUGGAGAACCCCUUAAAGGAGCCUGUCGGUCCCCUGUUUUCCGUAGCCCGCAUCGUGCCUGACUACCACUCCUAUAGAGAUGCAAUGCUCCUUCACACUCCUCGAGCAGCGGGAAUAGCUGUCACCACAGUCCACUUUCCACAACCCCCUGCGUCGACCUUCAGCCCUGCCCUUCUCUCCGCUCACGGCCGGCCUCAGGUCUCCCUGGCAGGGUCUCCCGAGGAACAGCCUGUAUGGAACCAGUCCUUCCUCUUCCUGGAACGAGACUGUGCCACCAUGUUCAGCGGUGAUGCUGCCCUGGUGUUGGAGUUCUACCCCACAACCAGCGUGCUUAAUGCAGUGAGCUGGCACCUCUGGAGCCCCCUGGGCUUCUCCGCCCUGUCCCUGCACCCGCAGCUCUACAGGAAGCUGAUGUCAGAGAGGGGGCAGAGGGGGGUGAGGGUGGGGCAGCUGAUCCUGAGGGGCAGCAAGCUCCAGACCACCAUGGACUCCGUUCCCUCUGUCAGCGUACUGCUACGUCUCAUUGGCUCAGAGCGUCCCGACUUCUUCCUGACCGCGGAAGAGCCAGGCUUGAUUCCCAGCCUGGACCCAGAGACUCUGGACGAGGAAGACUGGACCCCCACGGCUGAAGCAGUUCUCCCCCCUCAGACAGACCAGGAGCAGGGGACCAUUACCAUCCAGACCCCACCCAGCCCUGACCACCACACCCAGCCCCAGCAGCCCCAGCAACGCCAUCCCUCUCUGCAGCGGGAUGGAUACAGUCUUCCGUCCCCCGACGCCCUGGCUCAGAUCUUACCAGACUACCAGCACCUCUUCAGCUCAGACAAACCUCCCGCUCCUGGCUCGGUUCACCAGGGACAGGACAGAGCAGCCGACACAGCAGAGGCUACACAGAGCACCAAACCAGGACAACCUCUCCCUGACUUUGAGGAUGACCCACAUAUAGCACAAAUCACUGACCUCCAAACAAAAGAAGUGGAGAACUAUCGCACAGCCAUGCGCAAAAUGGCGGAGGACAUUAUCACCAUGCGAUCACAGGUGGUCAGUCUUGAGUCGGACAACAGCCAGCUCCGCAGUGACCUGACCCUUCACCAGGACCUGGGACGCAACCUGCUGGAUGACACUGACAUCGAUGUCAUGACUAAGGCAGAGAUCGCCGACCGGAUUGUCUCUCUGAAGUUUAAGCUGGCCAGUGAGACCAGCAAGGCUUCCUCCCAGAGAGACAAGAUCCAGCAGCUGCAGAAUGACCUGAUCCGGAAGAAUGACAGAGAGAAGGAGCUGUUGAGGCUUCAGAGGGCCCAUGAGCAGCAGCAGGAGGCUCUGCAGAGCUACCAGAGCCGUGUGGCCAAGCUGGGAGUCCUGGAGACCACAGUCCGGCAGCAGGAGAAGGUCAUUGAGAAGAUGGAGAAGGUUCUGGAUCAUAAACUGACUGAGAAGAAUAAGGAGAACUCAGAGAGGGAGCUCAGAGAAAGGGGGAGGAAAACGACGUGGAAAAAGUCAACAGGGGAGGAUGACAGCAGAAAGGCAGGGAUAGAGUCGGCUCUGGCGGCAGAGAACGCCCGCCUCAGAGGGGAGCUGGAGAAGAUGCGUCAGCAGCAAGGCCCUAUCAUCAUCCAACAGCCGCCACAGGAUGCUUUCUCCGACAAGGAGAAACUGAGUUUGCUGAGUCAACUGGAGAAGGUAGAGUCAAGAGUACGGGCCCUGGAGACACAGCUGGAAGAGAACUCUAAACGUUGGGGCAGGCAAAAACAGGAGAUGUUGACCAGACUGAGUGAAUAUAAAUGUGGCUUCGCACGGACAUCCAACACAAUCCUGCAUGAUCUUCCCCUGAAGAGUGUGUCGGACUCCUUGAUGGAUCGUAGGCGACACAGACAGCUGAAGCCUAUGAAAUGACCUUCACCUCGUAGUGUGAAUCUAC